AUGUGGUAACACAUUUUAGUAGAUAGUACUAAUUUGUUAGCUAGCUAGGUAACUUGGCUACCUAACUAGCUAAAUGUCAAUCUUAGGCAGUUGUUCUGACAAGCUCUCUGAGUCACCUAUCUGUCUCACCUGUAAAUUUAUAUCUAACAUUAGCUAAUGUUUCUUGUCUCGCUUGACCCAGCAGCGUGCAGCAGAGGACACAUUUCAUGACAUGGCGUGUACAUUUUGUUUUUUCAGCCGCUGCCACCUACUCCAAGCCCCGGCUAGCGACCUUCUGGCACUACGCUAAAGUCGAGCUUGUGCCCCCUUCCCCUGCCGAGAUUCCCCAGGCCAUUGCAGGAAUCAAGAACAUCCUCACCGGUGUCAACAGUGGACGCCUUGGACAGACCACAGUGAAGGUGAGAACUGAGAAGAUUUGCUUGAGGUUAAAUCAAUGCAUUUCUGUGUAAGUAGCUAGCUAGUACUUUCUUUUGGCCGUUGGCUCUCUGAAUGUGGGUGUUGUGACCAAUGUUCCCUCAAACAAUUAGUCACUGAGCAAAUUUCAAAACGUUGUGAAAGUUCUGUGCAACUUCCAGCGCACAUUUACUGUGAACACUGAGGCUGGACUGUGGCUAUUUGAUCAUAAUGUAGGCCUACCAUCAAAAACAAUGUAGAAAAUGCAUCCCAUAACAUUUUAACAUGGAAAUAGCUGUUCUAUAAUUCAGCCUACAGUAGCAUCCAAUGUGUGGUGUUCAAUGUAGACCUACAUUCCAUGAGACUUUUGGGAAAAAAAGAACAUGCAGGGCUUGACAUCAACCUGUUUAUCCACUUUUCCUUCAGACAAGGAGGUGACUGAAAAUGUUGUUUGAUGCAAGAAACCACUUUACAAAAUAAAAUGUAUUAUUAUUAUUCCCAUACCAUUAUUACAGAGAAUCAGACAAAUUAUGCUGCCCUCUGCCUAUUGGCUACUUAACUUAUGCAAGCCUGUCUCAAAAUACAACACUGCCCCUUUUAAGACAAAAAUAUGCUUUCAAAGAUGUCUAGAAAUGUAUACGUUGUGUGCUCUUGUAAGAAGCAAUCACUCCCCUGUUGCUGACUACAAAUGAUCUAUAACUGGGAUAAUAACUCACUAACUAGCAAAGGAUAUGAACGAAAUGUGCACACGUGGCUACAUGCAGCUCUCGCUUUGAUCUCGAAACAAGCGCAUCUACUCAUGACUGCUGAUGCUGUAAACACAGUCCAGUUCAACGUAAGUGGCACAGAUCCAUAUAUGGCAAUGGUCUAUUUGGAUAUAGGCCUACUGCAGCUCUGAUUGUUUAUGCGGCACCUGUCUGUGUAGAGUUUGGGCUGAGUAGUGUGUGUCAAUGCAAUAGAAUCCUACUCCGAUGCGUUCUGCCUACAACAAAAUCUGUUGCAUGUUUUGGUAUGUUGCUUUGAAAGUGGCUAAUAUUGCGUGUCAAAAUUGCCACAGUAAAGGGACACUUUGAUAGUGUUAACAGGGAAAACUCUAGAACAACUCUAGAACCUUUUCUGAAAUAGGAAGAAAGUGCAUUUUAUGGCUUAUAAAAGUGUUAAACAAAGUGUUGACAGUGCUGAGUAAGAACUUAAACAUGAACUCGCUCAUGAAAACGGCAAAUCUUUGCUGUAUUCGUUGAGUCUCUCUAGUCAUGGUUUAGAAAUCUCAGUAUCAACUUCGCUGUAACUUCCUUUUAUGCCUGCUACGUUACUGCAGACACGGUCAUCUGAGCCAUCCGAUUGGCAAGUGGUAGGCCUAUAUGGCACUUGAUUUGCUCUCUGGUCCCGCGUGGAAGGCAGAGUUUGUGCCUUCAGACACAUGAAAUGGUUCAAAAUGGCAACAGUUCGCCUACCCAGUGCGCAGGGCAGCUGAAUCGGGGGCGCCUAAAGCCAACAGCCCUAGACAAAUCAAAUAGAAAAAUAAGAAGGUAAGACUUUAUCGUUGGUUUUUUACAUAAAUAUUUGGUCGAUCGACUGGUUUGUGACCACUGCUCUAGAAAAUCUGCUUCUCUCGGUGGGCUGAUAUUUCUGAGCGGCAGUCCCGGGACCUGCGAGGCAGUCUUGGGUCACGACCAAUGUUCCCUAUCUCAAAUCUUACAAGUAGUCCCUUCAUAAUCAAAGUAAGUUAUUCUUUGAAAGAAGCCACAAUCCACUAGAGGAGACAUUAGGCCUACACCCUAACCAUUUGGGAAAUAUGUAAUUGUCUGUUUCUUGUCCUUGAAUAUCCUCAUGUUGAUUUUAGAUGUUACUCACUGGUAUUUGUUUGGGAUUAAUCUCAAUGUCAAUAUGCUUUUGUUACAGGAUGCGUUCAGAAAUGGAAUGGUCUGCACUGAAGUGCUGAUGUGGUUCUACAUUGGAGAGUGCAUCGGGAAAGGAGGCAUCGUAGGAUACGCCGUUUAAAUUUUGGACUGUCCUGUCGCUUUUUGCUCUGAGUGUUGCACGCUCUUAACUUCCAACUCAACUGUGGAGAUCCAAUUAAUAAAAUGUCAAUUGUUUAAAGAACUAU